AUGUCGUCCCGAAAGCCAGCUGAUGUUGCAGCGAAAGAGCGCAACGAGUACAUUCCCUCCUUCAUCGCAAAGAAGCCAUUCUACGUUGACGAUGAUGCCGACGUCGACUACCUAGAGCAUCAACGUCUACAGAAAACUACUCCUGACCAAUCAAAAUGGUACGAUCGCGGAAAGCGUGCUGGUCCAGCAGCCACCAAGUACCGCAAAGGCGCAUGUGAAAACUGCGGCGCGAUGACACAUAAGACCAAAGAAUGCCUGAGUCGGCCACGAAAGCAAGGCGCUAAAUGGACCGGCAAGGAUAUUCAAGCGGAUGAGCUCCUCCAGAAUGUCGAUAUGGGAUGGGAUGCCAAACGAGACCGGUGGAACGGCUACGAUGCCAGUGAAUACCGCCAGGUUGUCGGUGAAUAUGAAGAGAUGGAGGCGCUCAAGAAGGCGGCCAAAGAGAGCUCUGAUCUCAAGAAACUGGGCGAAGAUGGCGACGAGGCACCUGACUCUGAUAUCCGCUACGCUGAAGAAUCCGAUAUGGGACGUCAGCAGAGUACCGCAACUCGUAACCUACGUAUUCGUGAAGACACUGCAAAGUACUUGCUCAACCUCGACCUCGAUUCGGCCAAAUACGACCCCAAGACACGCCGAAUGGUAGACAUGGGUGCGCAGGACGAUCAAGCAUCUGCCCUUGUCGCGGAGGAAAACUUUGUUCGCGCUUCCGGAGACGCUGCCGAGUUCGAAAAGGCCCAGCAGUAUGCGUGGGAGUCCCAAGAACAAGGCCGUCCGCAGCAGCAUAUCCAGGCCAACCCUACCUCUGGAGAAGUUCUCAGAAAGAAGGAGAGGGAAGAGAGUGAGGCCAAGCGCGCGUCUCAUCGCAAGGCUCUCAUGGAUAAAUACGGUGGCGGCGAACACACACAAGCCAGUGCGCUGCGGGACACAAUGGUUGUUGAAAAUGAGCGCUUUGUCGAGUACGACGAGAGCGGUGCUAUCAAGGGUGCACCCAAGAAGGCUACGAAAUCAAAAUACCCCGAGGAUGUCAAGGUCAACAAUCACUCCUCUGUCUUCGGCAGUUGGUGGUACCAGUUCAAGUGGGGAUAUGCAUGCUGCUGUUCCACUGUGAAGAACAGCUACUGCACUGGAGAGGAUGGCAAGAAGGCUUUCGAGGAGGAGGGUAACCUUCUGAUGAUGGGUGAUGAGGAGGAAGAAGUGGCUGACAACGCUGCCGCUGCGGAUGCUUCCCACGAGACUGAACCCACCACCACCCAAGUCACCGAGAGCGAAACAACCGCAAAUUCGAAAAAGCGAACAUUGGAGGAGAUCAAGUCUGGUGUCACCGAGGAGGAAUACGAAUCAUACAAACGCAGCCGUCUGGCAGCAGAUGAUCCUAUGGCGAAUUUCAUCGGAAAAGAUUGA